AUGGAUGAUGUGCUGACGUUCAUUGACCAGGAGAGGAGCACGGCAGGUCACAGGCUGGCCAUGUUUGCCCGGGACCUGGGCUUCCGAGACAAGUCGCACCUCAUUAGCAGUUUUGCAGACAAGUUAAACACCCUUUCCUCGUUCGUUGGGCCUUUCAAGUAUUUAAGCCCUGGUUUGGAAAAUGCUGAGGAUGAAGACAAUUUAAGUACCAGCAGCGUCGAGGUAAAGGAGAAUCGCAACGUGGGCAACUUGUCGUUGGAAGACCACACGCGGGCACCUGGCGAGAGGCAGGUCUUACGCUGCUCGGAGGUUGCAAGAAGAGGAACAUCUGGGCUGAAGAGAAAGAGACCCCUGGAGGAAGGCAAUAACGGGCACAUGCACCCAAAGGUGCAGCUGAAAUGCAAGAAGCUGUCGUGGUCUGUGACCCCCAAGAACGCUCUGGUGCAGCUGAACGAACUCAAGCCGGGCUUGCAGUACAGGCUGGUCUCUCAGACUGGACCGGUGCACGCGCCCAUAUUUGCCAUUGCAGUCGAGGUUAACGGGUUAGUAUUUGAAGGCACGGGACCUACCAAAAAGAAGGCCAAGAUGAGGGCUGCAGAAAUGGCCCUGCAGUCCUUUGUGCAGUUUCCCAACGCCUCCCAGGCUCACUUUGCCAUGGGCAGCUGCGUGAACCCGGGCACGGACUUCACGUCCGACCAGGCUGACAUCCCCAGCACACUGUUCAAAGAGUUUGAGCCGUCCGCCCAGAGCCACGGCUUGCCUUGCUGCAGCCCCGCCGGCAAUGACUUGCUAUACAGCGCUUGUCGCCGCGGGCGGUUACUCUGCCACACUUUGGAUUUAAUGGUCCAGACCAAACACGGCAAGCACGGGCCAGGCCUGCCGUUCCCAGCAGCGAGCAGGAAGAAUCCAGUCGAGAUGUUAAAUGAGCUGCGACCCGGACUGAGCUACGUGUGCCUCUCGGAGAUGGCGGAGAAGCACGUGAAAAGCUUUGUGAUGGCAGUCAGCGUGGAUGGGAGGACAUUUGAAGGCUCAGGACGCAGCAAGAAGCUGGCCAAAGCCCAAAGCGCACAGGCUGCUCUGCAGACUCUCUUUAAUAUCCAGCCAGUACCCAGUGGAAAGCUUUGUCGCACGCCUGGCAGGAAUAAACGUCCUCAUUUGCCACAGGAGUUUGCUGAUGCAGUUUUCCGGCUGGUCACAGAGAAAUUCAGAGAUCUGACAGACAAUUUCACCUCCUCACACGCGCGGCAUAAAGUACUGGCAGGAAUUGUAAUGACCAGAGGUCCAAACGUAAAGGAAGCCCAGGUGGUGGCGCUAUCGACGGGGACAAAGUGUUUGAGCGGAGAGCACAUUAGUGACCAGGGGCUGACGCUCAACGAUUGCCACGCGGAAGUGGUGACGCGGAGAUCUUUCCUGCGGUUCCUCUACUCUCAGCUGGAGCUCCAUCUAAGUAAAAGGCCGGAAGACUGGGAGCGAUCGGUCUUCGCUCGUCGCAAGGACGGGGGCUACAGGCUGAAAGAGAACAUCGUUUUCCACCUGUACGUCAACACACCUCCGUGCGGGGACGCCCGCCUGAACUCUCACCGCGAGGCAAGAGCUGAGCUGCACGACGGCAAGCCAGUGAACAGGAAACCGCGCGGGCAUCUGAGGACCAAGAUCGAAUCCGGGGAAGGAACGAUUCCAAUCCGCUCCCGCAAUGGUGUCCAGACAUGGGAUGGAGUUUUACAGGGGGCCCAACUGCUCACCAUGUCCUGCACGGACAAAAUUAACAGGUGGAACGUGCUGGGCGUGCAAGGAUCGCUCCUCAGUCAUUUCAUCGAACCCGUCUACCUGCACAGCAUCGUCCUGGGGAGCGUCCUCCACUUUGGCCACCUUUCCCGCGUGGUGUGCCAGCGGAUAGAAGCUGUCGGCCGGCUCCCGCCGCCCUACAGACACAACCGGCCUCUCCUCAGCGGGAUCACGAGUUCCGGGGCUCGUCAGCCUGGCAAGUCCCCCAGCGUCAGCAUCAACUGGACGCUGGGCGACUCCGACCUGGAGGUUAUCAACGCCACCACGGGAAAGGGGGCCUUGGGAUGUUCGUCCAGACUCUGCAAACGCGCACUUUAUAGCCGAUGGGCAAAGCUUUAUGGCAAGCUGAGCACACGGCCUUCGAACCAUCGGGGGAUUCCGUCCUUGUAUUGCGAAGCGAAACUGGCAGCGGAAAGCCACCAAGCUGUCAAACAACAGCUGUUUAAGGCAUUGCAGAAAGCCGGCCUGGGCACGUGGGUGAGGAAGCCACCAGAGCAGGAUUAUUUCCUGUUGGCUUUGUAAAGACGACCGCGACGAGAGAGAGAGAGAGAGACGAUGUUCAAAGUUAAGGCGAACUUGUG